CCACAAUGCAAAGCGGCGAGCCAGGGACGAGAACUAUGGCGGUGCGGGAGAUGUCGGGUCAUACAAAAUCCCCCUCUAACGGUUGUUAUUCGCUCAGGUCCAGACGGAAUCUCAUCUUCUUCGUAUUUGUGAUCUAUUUAGGAUGUAUACCUAGGCAUGCCUUGGCGCAGAGGCCAGAAAGUGAGUGCUAUUUGUCCGAUGGAAGGCCGCAGAGGUGCAUUCCCGAGUUCGUUAACGCGGCGUUCCAGCGACCGGUGGAGGCGACCAAUACUUGCGGUGCCAACAACCGCAUCGAGUAUUGCUUGCAGACAGGCCAUACGGGGCAACCCGCUUCGUGUCACUGGUGCGAUGCCCGCGACCCGACCAGGUCGCAUCCUGCCGCCUACCUGACGGACUUUAACAACAACCGCAACGUGACCUAUUGGCAGUCGGAGACCAUCUACCAGGGAGUCCAACAUCCCAACUCUGUCAACUUGACCCUCCAUCUAGGAAAGACCUUUGAGGUCGUCUACGUCCGACUAAAAUUCUACACGAGUCGGCCCGAGAGCUUUGCCAUCUACAAGAGCAUGAGCACUGACGGAGAGUGGGUUCCCUACCAGUACUACAGCUCCUCCUGCCAGCGCACGUACGGCGAGAAGCUCGAGGAACCCGUGACGGAGGAGGAGGAGACGAAGGCCAUCUGUACGGACGACUUCAGCGACAUCUCGCCGCUGACGGGAGGCAACGUGGCGUUCGCGACGCUAGAGGGCAGGCCACACGCUUACCACUUUGACACCUCGCCAGUGCUGCAGAAGUGGGUGUCUGCUUCAGUCAUCAGGAUCACGCUAGACCGCAUCAACACCUUUGGUGACGAAAUCUUCGGCGAUGCGAACGUAUUGAAGUCCUACUACUAUGCGGUCUCUGAUCUGUCUGUUGGCGGCAGGUAAGCUACUGACCCUUCUACCA